AACUCACAAACCCAUUUCCUCUCUGCCGCCUUCACGCACACACCGCUCACAAACUUUCUUCCUUUCUGCUCUCAGUUGUCACUCUCUCCUUUUUGCUUUCAAAAUGGCCAGUGUUGAGGUUGCCCAGGCUCCAGCAGUGACAGAGAAUGAAGCAACCGAGGUAACCAAGGUGGAGGAGACAACCCCAGAACAAGCUCCAGCAGCCACCGAGGCUGCUGUCCCAGCAGAACCAGAGAAGACAGAACAACCAAAGGACGAGGAAAUCACAGAAGCACCAAAAGAAGCAGAAGCAAAAACAGAAGAGUCUGCAGAAACCAAGGUGCCAGUUGAAGCUGAGACCAAGGAAGUUACACAGGAAGAAGCAAAGGAGGAAGCCAAGCCCACAGAAGCUGCACAAGAGGAAGCCAAGCCAGCUGAGAAAACAGAGGAAGUGAAGAAGGAAGAGACCGAAAAAGCCGAGGAAGUUAAGGAAACUCCUAAAACAGAGGAAUCAGCAGCAGCAGCAGAACCAGAAGCACCAAAAAGAAGUGAAGGCCGAAGCUACUGUGGAGAAGAAAGAAGAAGAAAAGGAGGAAGCAGCCAAAGAAGUCACUGUUGAGAAGACUGAAGCUUGAAGAGCCAAACAAGUCACUUUCUUUUUGUUUUUGCAUGUCAAUGUUGAAAAGCCUUUCUGCUUAAUUUGCUAGUUUAUUAUUUUACUACUAUUUUGCUAUUCAGGUGGCUGGUGGUGAAGGUUAAGUAUUCUAGAUGGGGCUUAAAUUUUAUUAUAUUUUUAAAAAAAUGGAGGAACAGUAUGCCUACGUGUAAGCACAUGGCUCCACGUCAGCAGAUAUAUACGGUUGCCAUGUGUUAGGGUAUGACUACGUGAUUCUAAGGGUUUUGUAUUGAAGUGAGGUGGCUAUUACUACUACUAGAGUUUGUGGAUGAUGGUGUGUUUAUCUGGCAUUUGAAUAAAUCAUAAUUUUAUUAUUUUUAUUUUUGC